UGUCAAACCCAAAACGUCACAAUCGAUGAUUUUCAAUUUGAGCUUUGUGCAGGUUUUGUGUCAGUUUUGAGUGAAUUACAGUCGUUUUUUGUGUCGAUAAGUUAUCACAACAAUGACCGUCAUAAAUAAGUUCCUGGCCCCAGUACUAACAUAGUCACGGCCAAAGUGCCCCUGAGUGACAUCACCCUCGAUGUUAAGCCCGGGCGCUCGACUAGUCGACCAAAACUCACCAAUGGACAAAUGGACGUGGACGGGGGGGCGAAGGGCGAGGGCUUCCGGUCGUACUACAUCACGAAAAUCGAGGAAUUGCAACUGAUUGUGGCGGAGAAAAGCCAGAAUUUGAGGCGUCUCCAAGCCCAAAGAAACGAGCUCAAUGCGAAAGUGAGGAUGCUACGCGAGGAGUUGAUGCUUCUCCAGGAGCAAGGGAGUUACGUGGGGGAGGUGGUGAAACCCAUGGAUAAGAAAAAGGUCCUAGUUAAGGUCCACCCUGAGGGUAAAUUUGUCGUCGAUAUUGACAAAAACAUCGACAUUAAUGAUGUCACCCCCAAUUGUCGGGUUGCCCUACGGAACGAGAGCUACACCCUUCAUAAAAUUCUACCCAAUAAGGUUGACCCCCUUGUGUCACUAAUGAUGGUAGAAAAAGUCCCCGAUUCGACUUACGAAAUGGUCGGUGGUCUCGACAAACAAAUCAAGGAAAUCAAAGAAGUGAUCGAACUUCCGGUCAAACACCCGGAAUUAUUCGACGCUUUGGGUAUCGCCCAGCCCAAGGGGGUGCUCCUGUACGGCCCCCCAGGCACCGGAAAGACCCUCCUCGCCCGCGCGGUGGCCCACCACACCGAAUGCACCUUCAUCCGAGUCUCCGGCUCCGAAUUAGUCCAGAAAUUCAUCGGCGAAGGCUCCCGAAUGGUGAGGGAAUUGUUCGUAAUGGCCCGAGAACACGCCCCCUCGAUCAUUUUCAUGGACGAAAUCGACUCAAUCGGGUCGUCUCGUAUCGAGUCGGGCUCGGGGGGCGACUCCGAAGUCCAACGAACAAUGUUGGAAUUAUUGAACCAAUUGGAUGGGUUUGAAGCCACGAAAAAUAUUAAAGUUAUUAUGGCGACCAAUAGAAUUGAUAUUUUGGAUCCGGCGCUUUUACGGCCCGGAAGAAUUGACCGGAAAAUUGAAUUUCCGCCACCGAACGAAGAAGCCCGACUUGAUAUUUUGAAAAUUCAUUCGAGGAAAAUGAAUCUGACAAGGGGGAUUAAUUUGAGGAAGAUUGCUGAGUUAAUGCCGGGGGCGAGUGGGGCUGAAGUUAAGGGUGUCUGCACUGAAGCUGGAAUGUAUGCAUUGCGCGAGCGACGUGUCCACGUGACUCAGGAGGAUUUCGAAAUGGCCGUUGCCAAGGUGAUGCAAAAAGAUUCAGAGAAAAAUAUGUCGAUUAAAAAAUUAUGGAAGUAAUUUAAUUUUAAUUAAAAGUUUCAAUUAAU